AUGCCAGGCAGGACGGCAACGCGCUCGACGCGUACAGCACGCGCUGGCGCAGGCACCAAGUCGGCGCGAUCGUCGACCAUGGACGUCCCCGACGAAGGCCCCGUGACCUCGCUGCGCACCCGGAUUGCGCACGUCUUCAGCGAUGCCUCCAAGACAACCGCCACACAGCGCAAGCUGGUUGUCACGCUGCGGAAGAUCCAGGAGCAGUGCUGCUUCGAGCCUCCAGACACCAACAAGGGCAGGAACGACGACCGUGAGACGUUUGAAGAGGACGAUUUCACGGCCGAGAUGGGACGCGUAGUGCUGCGCGUCAUGAAUGUCAAGAAGAGUGAGGCUGCUGGCGACCGCGUGAUCCGCUUCCUCACCACAUUUCUCAAGUACGCUGUGGAGAAGGACGCCAAGGUCAUCGACGAGACGUCCCAGGACGACGGCACGCCCAGCAGCCGCUUGAGUGUCUUCAUCAUCAAGACCGUCCUGCCCCUCCUCCAAUCGAAAGACAAGACGGUCCGCUUCCGCGCCACCCAGACCAUCACACAGCUGCUCAACAACCUCGAGGCGAUAGACGAGGACAUGUACUCUCUCAUCAUUUCCAGCCUGACCAAACGCCUGCGGGACAAGGAGGCGUCCGUACGCGUGCAGGCAGUCAUGGGCCUGGGGCGCCUUGCGAACGACGAGGAAGACGAGGAAGACGAGGACAGCGACGACGAGGCCAGCACGAUCCUCGAGAAGCUUGUCGACAUCAUGCAGAACGACCCGGACGCCCAAGUGCGACGCACGAUUCUCGCAAACAUACCAUUCUUCAAGAGCACCAUAGUGAUGCAGCUCGAGCGAGCGCGAGACGUCGAUCCCGCCACCCGAAGACUAGUCUACGCCCGCAUCCUUCCGAUUCUGGGCGACUUCCGCCAUCUGUCGCUAGUGCAGCGCGAGAAGAUGAUACGCUGGGGCCUGAAAGACCGAGACGACGCUGUACGCAAGGCUACAGCACAGUUGUUCUCCGAGCGCUGGAUUGAAGACUGCGCCUCGAGGCGUGACACACGGCCAGAGGAGGAAAAGGCAGCGGGUUCCACGGCCCCUCCAAGCCUCGAGGCCCUGUGCGAGCUACUGGAGCGUCUUGAUAUCAUCCGAGCGGGUCAAGAGGAAGGCAUGGCGCAUGAAGCAAUGCGACAGUUCUGGGCCCGAAGGCCCGACUACGUCGAGGCUAUCGAGUUCAGCCAUCAGUUCUGGUUGGAUCUGGAUCCCUCAGCCGCGUUUGUGGCGCGGAGCUUGAACGACUACGCACAGAGCAUCGACGACGAGCAGACACGACAGAUGAUCGAAGACAAGAUACCCGAACCCCACAACUUUGGCUUCGUUCUCGAGAGGAAGCUCAACGAUGUGGCGGAAUUCAUCGACAGAUAUGCCAUGUUGGACGAAGACGACCCCGAUGCUGCCGAUGCACAGGAAGAGGUUCAAGAUGCCGAGUUUGUCGCUGAACAAGUUCUGCACAUGGCCAUGUCGCUUGACUUUUCCGACGAAGUCGGUAGAAGAAACGUGUACAGCAUCACGCGGACGGCGCUUGCUCUUGCUUCUCUGCCUGAAGAAUGUACGAAGCUCUGCAUCGAGCUCCUGCGCAUCGUAUGCGGCAACCGCGGCGAGUCCGACUUCUGCGCAGUCAUCAUGGAGGCUGUCAACGAAGUACACGACACGCUGAGCGAUGAUCCAAACGAUGCAAGCGGCGCGGGAGACGACGCAGAGAGCUUUCACUCCGCACAGUCUGAGCACAGCAGCCCUCUUCCAGCACGCAGGAAAACACCAAAGCCGGCCAAGACAGCUGAAGAGGAGGCAGCGGACAAGUGGACCGAGAUCAUGGUGUACUCGAAGUGUCUCCACAUUCUGCAGUGCACGCUCCAGAACGUGACGUGCGAUUUGGAAUCGGACACAAACUUGAAGACCGCAUUGAACACACUCAUCAUUCCCGCCGUGCAGUCAAAAGAAAACAUCAUUCGUGAGCGGGGUGUCAUCUGCCUGGGACUGGCGUCUCUCCUUAGCAAGGAUCUUGCGGUUAACAACCUUGAUCUAUUCUUCCACUGCUUCACCAAGGGCAACGACGAGCUCAAGCAGAUCACGCUACAGGUGAUUGCUGAUGUUAUCAUUACACAUCCACAUCUCCUUGCACCACCCGCAUCGGAUCCAGACACGACCGAGCAGUCCGAGGUGCCGGAGCAAAGUCCGCUACUGAGGCCGCUCAGGAAGAUUUUGCUCAAGGGGAUCACUUCAGAAGAUACGAGUGUCGGGCGCGUUGCUUGUGAGGCAGCACAGAAACUGAUCCUGCAUUCUCUUCUUCCUGAAGAAGAGACCGCGGACAUUGUCAGGGCAUUGACACUGACAUACUUCGAUCCCGAUGGCCAGAACAAACCCGCCAUGAUACAGGCCCUGGGCUACUUCCUUCCGGUGUUCUGCCACUCGAGGAUCAAGAAUGCACAGACCAUGGCGGGUGUUGCUGUUUCCGUCAUCGGCAAACUCCUGGUCAUGCGCGACGACGUCGACGAAGACGAGGAUGCUGCCGAAAUGGUUGGCUGGCCGAGAAUCACAGCUUACUUGGCCGACUUGACAGACGGCCGCAAGGUCGUAGGUCAGACGGAGACGGGGAGUGAUGGAAAGACUAGCUCGAGUGGUGACUCCGAGGUGCCGCACAUUAUGCUUGCUGUCGAGAUCCUCGAGCGCGCGCUGAACGGCACAUGCUCAAGGGACGAGCGCAAACCGCUUCUCGCGCUGCUGACCAAACUCCACAUACCGCCUUCGGCACCACAGAAGACAGUGAGCGAGCCAACCGCCGAGCUCCUCGAAGCCCUUCAGGCACUCGUCUCCGAAGCCGUAGAAGACAGAAUCGGCGUGGACGCCACCCAGCGCAACGCCCUAACCAAGCUCGACGCAACUCUAACCAAGCGCCUAGGCGACGCAGCAACCGCCGCCAUCGCCCCAGAAGACCGCGAAGCCACAGUCACACCCGAGGCCGCAACUGCCCGCGCAACACCUGCAGAGGAGGCGCGCUCAAGCCGCGCCCGCUCAAGCGUCGCGCCCUCCGUAGACGGCAGCGACAUGGACGUCGACGUCGACGACGAGGACUCGAUGCUCGCCGGCAUGCAGGGCGAGAGCACACGUAUGCCCCUCGAGCCCGACGACGGCGACGACGACGGCGACAGCACCCCCCGCGCCUCGAGGGUGCGCUCUGCGCGCGAGGCGACGGCGAAAACGGAGGCGGAUAUCGUGGAUGAGCUGCUCGCGAGCGACGAGGAGAUGAGCAUGUAA